GAUCGUGACCAGCCGAUAUCGAUUAAUCGAUCGAUCGCGUGAUAAUAAGUGACCAACUUCGACCAGUAUAAUAAAAUAAUCGCGAAAGAAAGUUCGAACGAAAAUGAGAAACUCGAUAUUUCCAAUUAUCAUCCGGGAUAGAAGUCGAGGCAGUAAAUAAAGAAGGAUGGGCGAUGUUCUGCGAAAUUGGAUACAAGCGAGACUAGGAAUCUUGAUAGACCUACGCCCUGAGGUGUUCGGUUAUUACACCAGAGACGGCUCCCUUUUGGCUCAAAUUUUGCACAGCUACGACAUAAUAACCCAAGAUCAAUUGGACAUAAUCAUCGUGACCCAAGAUCCCGCCCUGUGCCGAGUCAAUUUGAGACAUCUCAGCUUUUGGCUGCGGUUCAUUGCUAUCAAGAUGGACGAGGACUUGAUCGACGAGAUCUCGUGCGGCAAAGGGACCUCGUCUCUCCGCCUGUUCUACAAGGUGUACCUUUGCCUCGAGAGCAAGGAGAGAUUGCAUUUUAUCACGCUUCAGAAAGAGAGGGAGAAAUUCGUGCCCACAUCGAAGAAGUUCGAUGUGGUCAGAGUCUGCGAGGAUCCGCCGCCUUACCAUCCGUCGGAGAAUAAAUUGUCGAAGAAGCUGGUGAAAGGGCAGGACGUGAUCCAAUGGCAUCAGCAAAAAGUUCCAAAGAUGCUUCGAUCGUAUAUCAAAAAAAAAAAACCAUUGAAAAAGUGGAGACGAAAUGCGUAACUGAUGUCAAGCCGUGUUACGAGGUAUCUACCAGCUCCUAGCUAGAAAGAUUCGCGUGACAGGAGUCUCGCGUCCAGGUACUCAUGCUUACGCGAGUUUUUUUUUUGCUCUAUGUGGAGGAAGGAGGAAGGUGUCGGGGUAAGAUGAGGAUACAAAGUGAAAAUAAGUGUUUUUUUUUGUUUUUCUUA